GCACUGCUGGCCCACACAAGGAGCACUGCUGGCCCACACAAGGAGCACUGCUGGCCCACGCAACAGUGACCUGUUACAAGGUCACUUCAACGUUAAGACACUGCAAUUUAAUAUUAUGGACAAGUGCUGGUGCAGAACAGUGACCUGGCGUGUGCCGUUGCUGCUACUGCUGUUGCUGUUCACCUGCUUCCUAGCCUGGAUUCCUGCUUACAAGACAGCAGGACGCGUCUCUAAACCCAUGACUCCAAGAGCCGCUUCUGCUCGCCCUUCAAUGAUGGUGCCUCGUCCCAUAUCUUUCAUCUCAACCUUCCAUCUUACCUACCAGCCUUCUCCAUCUGGACAAACACAACUUACUGCUGGAAUAAUGACACCUCACGGCUAUAGUGGUUCCCAUGGUGUGGUGAAAACAGACAGGAAAUCAAUAUCAGAUGUGGGACAAUCUCUCGUCAGAGAAAAUCGUGAAGGUGGGCAAACUUGUUCAGAAAACAUACAUGUUUUUCCUUUCUGUUCGACUGGAUUGUUUAUGGUAUGUAAUGAGUGUGUGGCAGGUGCUGGCGUUCUGAAAGUUAUUGACAGUCCAGUAAACACCUAUUAUCAGACUGCGUUAAGACUAAUUCAGAGUCAAGUUCUGACACCAGUACAUUUCUUUACACUCCCACACACAUCACAAAACACAUCACUACCUAUCUUAAACACGAAGACAAUUUUACCCCAAGUCCCGCAAGUGAAGACAAAUCUCGUGUUAACUACAGUAUCACCCACUGCUGCUACUUUACAAGCUGGUCAAGAUAACUACGUUAAUCCAUCCACCUACAGACCAAGUGAUAACUUCAAGAUAACUUACAAAGAAGAAGUGUCCUCACUCACGAUGCUGAUGGAUACAGAGUGGACACACAACUCCUGGAUACACCCCACCGCGUCACUGAGGACGCUGCCUGUCACGGGGAAGACGGAGGCUGUCACGACCCUAGUGCACAACCCUCAACACUGGUUGACACCGGUGAUACCACUGCUGACACGACCACACACAACCAUACACACUGCUGCUAAACGCGGCCUAUACAUUUUUAACCCCAUCCUAAAUACUCCUAAAAGUACUCGACAUACUCCACGCAUCCUACACCCUCCUACAAGCACCCUACACACUCCUAAACACAUCCUACCCACUCCCAAACGCAGUCUACACACUCCACGCAUCCUACACCCUCCUACAAGCACCCUACACACUCCUAAACACAUCCUACCCACUCCCAAACGCAGUCUACACACUCCACGCAUCCUACACCCUCCUACAAGCACCCUACACACUCCUAAACACAUCCUACACACUCCUAAACGCACUCUACACACACCACGCACUCUAGACACUGCUAUAUCACACACAAUACACACUGCUAUACACACAACGCCACGCCUAUACACCGGCUUUCUACAAGCCAGCAAGCCACGGGGCUUGCUUCCUCAAUACCAAACCUUCCAUAAUAACAUAGUCGAUUACAAAGAUUCUCAUAAAGAUAUAUUUACCUUCUACGUGUCUCUGGCUUAUCCUGUGUCACCUGGAGUGACACCUGUGUCACCUGGUGGACUGACAUCUGUGUCACCUGGUGGACUGACACACGUGUCACCUGGUGGACUGACACAUGAGCCACCUGGUGGACUGACACCUGUGUCACCUGGUGGACUGACACCUGUGUCACCUGGUGGACUGACACACGAGCCACCUGGUGGACUGACACCUGUGUCACCUGGUGGACUGACACCUAUAUUACCUGGUGGAUUGACACCUGCGUCACCUAGGGGACUGACACCUGCGUCCCCUUAUGGACUGACACCUUUACACUUGUAUCAGGGGUCAAUACACCUCACCCCAGCACAUGUACCUCAGGGGUCAACUCACCUGACCCCAGCACAUGUACCUCAGGGGUCAACUCACCUGACCCCAGCACAUGUACCUCAGGGGUCAACUCACCUGACCCCAGCACAUGUACCUCAGGGGUCAACUCACCUGACCUCGGCACAUGUACCUCAGGGGUCAACUCACCUGACCCCGGCACAUGUACCUCAGGGGUCAACUCACCUGACCUCGGCACAUGUACCUCAGGGGUCAACUCACCUGACCCCGGCACAUGUACCUCAGGGGUCAACUCACCUGACCCCGGCACAUGUACCUCAGGGGACAACUUACCAGACCCCAGCAGCUUUAUACCUGGGGUCAACUCAACUGACAACCCCUGUGCAUUCUAUGACAUCCCACCUGACCCCAGCAGCUUUAUACCUGGGCUCAAAUCACCAUACCCCGCCACAUCCUUUCCCUGGGGAACCCUACCUGACCCGCAUACCUGUACAUCAGGGGUCUUACCACCUGACCCCACCAAAUGUACCCCCAGUAAACAAGCCACAAGACUCUCUAGCAUUGAUCAGUUCUUUCAACAAUAUUUUCAGUGUUUUUGAUAUGAUGGUUAAUGUUCUUGACCUGGCCAAGAACAUUGUGUUCUUUAAGAAGAACACUAGACUGAGUAUAACCUCCCCCUCUAGUCUAACUUCCUCCACCACAAGUCCAAGUCUAACUUCCCCCAUCACAAGCUGCAGUCUAACUUCCUCCACCACAAGUCCAAGUCUAACUUCCUCCACCACAAGCUGCAGUCUAACUUCCUCCAUCACAAGCUGCAGUCUAACUUCCUCCACCACAGGCUGCAGUCUAACUUCCUCCACCACAAGUCGCAGUCUAACUUCCUCCACCACAAGCUGCAGUCUAACUUCCUCCAUCACAAGCUGCAGUCUAACUUCCUCCACCACAGGCUGCAGUCUAACUUCCUCCACCACAAGUUGCAGUCUAACUUCCUCCACCACAAGCUGCAGUCUAACUUCCUCCACCACAAGUCCCAGUCUAACUUCCUCCACCACAGGCUGCAGUCUAACUUCCUCCACCACAAGUCGCAGUCUAACUUCCUCCACCACAAGCUGCAGUCUAACUUCCUCCAUCACAAGCUGCAGUCUAACUUCCUCCAUCACAAGCUGCAGUCUAACUUCCUCCACCACAGGCUGCAGUCUAACUUCCUCCACCACAAGUCCCAGUCUAACUUCCUCCACCACAAGUCCCAGUCUAACUUCCUCCACCACAAGCUGCAGUCUAACUUCCUCCAUGACAAGCUGCAGUCUAACUUCCUCCACCACAAGCUGCAGUCUAACUUCCCCCAUCACAAGCUGCAGUCUAACUUCCCCCAUCACAAGUCCCAGUCUAACUUCCCCCAUCACAAGUCCCAGUCUAACUUCCCCCAUCACAAGUCCCAGUCUAACUUCCCCCAUCACAAGUCCCAGUCUAACUUCCCCCAUCACAAGCUGCAGUCUAACUUCCCCCAUCACAAGUCCCAGUCUAACUUCCUCCAUCACAAGUCCCAGUCUAACUUCCUCCAUCACAAGUCCCAGUCUAACUUCCUCCAUCACAAGUCCCAGUCUAACUUCCUCCACCACAAGCUGCAGUCUGACUUCCCCCAUCACAAGUCCCAGUCUAACUUCCUCCACCACAAGUCCCAGUCUAACUUCCUCCAUCACAAUGUCCAGUCUAACUUCCUCCAUCACAAGUCCCAGUCUAACUUCCUCCACCACAAGCUGCAGUCUGACUUCCCCAUCACAAGUCCCAGUCUAACUUCCUCCACCACAAGUCCCAGUCUAACUUCCUCCAUCACAAUGUCCAGUCUAACUUCCUCCAUCACAAGUCCCAGUCUAACUUCCUCCACCACAAGUCCCAGUCUAACUUCCUCCAUCACAAUGUCCAAUCUAACUUCCUCCAUCA